AGUUACCUUGACAACUGUAAAUAAGUUUGUUUCAAGCCGAGAUUGAGAAGGCAUCUUUCAAUCUCUAAAAUGACCCGACCUUCCGAAAGAGAGGAAGAAAAUCCUCGCAAGCAACAAGCUUUAGAGAGACUAAGGGAUUUUGCUUUAGAGGAGGCCAGAGGAGGUUAUCCUAACUCAAGACCGGCCUGGAUUGGUCCUAGACAUACCAAUGCUGUUGAACCACAUCCUUUAACGGUUACUCACGUUAACCAAGGAUAUAUUUUACAUAAUGCCGAUCCCUCAACAAUAGCAAAGAGAGAAUGCCAAAAUUCAUCCGAAUGGUUAGGAAAACACGGUGUAGAAAGUAAAGGUUUAUUGCUAAAAGAGCUGGUUAGCAAAGGAAAGAUAUGCAGACCAGAAGUAUCAGAAGGUAACAGAGUUCAGCAAAAAAUCUCAUUCGAAGCUCAAGACAUUCACGAAUUUGAAUUGCGAUUAAAUCAGGCAAUAAGCGAAUAUACCGAUAGGAUAAAAUGGCUUCUUCAAGAUAGCCGAAGGAUGUUUGGCCUAUUACAAGGACGAAGAGUUGCAGUUCUUCUCGAUUGUUCAGAUGCAAAUUGCGGUUUUGGUAGAUUGACAAAUUACCAACAAUGUUUAUUACAUCUAAUAGAUGAUCAAUUGUCCACAAAGGAUAAAAUUUAUUUGGCAUCUUUUGGCAGUACAGUUACACCUCUGUGGCCAGAUUUAGUUAAUGUAAAUUUGCAUACAUUAAAUGAGGCAAAAGCUUGGGUCAACUGCUUCGAACCUUCCGGAGGAUGUAAUCUAUUAAAAGCUAUAAAAUUCGCUUUGAAUAGUAAAACUGAUUUUGAUUCUCUUUUAAUAAUUUGCGGAGCAGUACCCGAUCAGCCUUGCGAGGUUCUUUGUUCAUAUGUAAGUGAACUUUUGAUUGGGAGGCAAAUGAAGAUAGCAACAGUAGCUUACGACUGUAGCGAUCAGAAUGUAAUGACAACUUUACGCCGGAUAUCCGAAACUUGCGAUGGAAGGUAUCACUGUUAUGCUGCAACGUGCGAGGAGAGUAUAUAUACUGGAUCGGAUAUAUCCACCCUGCUAAAGGAAAUACAAACGGCACAAGACGUUCUCAAUAAAAUUGGAGAGAUGAAGAAAGGCCUACUGGGAACCGCUUUAGUUAGAGUUAUGUCGGAAAUAAACGAAGAAAUAGUCAAAUUGCCUCAAUCGAGAUUAUUACCUCAACCUCCAGGUCAUACAGAUCCUUUGUGUAUUGAAGGAGCUACAAUACAAGAAAGUACAUCGCUCGGCUGGUUAGACCGACAUGGACUAAGAGCCCAGCGCCUUGACUUGUAUCAGGUUUUGGCUCCGAACGCCUAUUCGUAUUGCGAACAAUACGUACCAAUAUUAAAUAAAAUGGUUCAAUCGCAAGUUCACGAAAAGACGAUGGCUCAAUGUAACUGGAUUGACGGCACAAUCAAGAAUGUUCACGUCGAUUUAGCUCAACUGUACGAUUAUCAAAAGAAGUUGGGUGUUGCUGUCAGACUAUACGAAAAGCGAGUUGAAUGGUUAGCAAAAUCAAGUAGAGCCUUAUUUGGGACAGUUGUUGAAGGAAUUGUUGUUAUAUGCGUUGAUUUGUGUUCCUUAAAUACCCCUUACUUAGUACACAUUCAACAUUCUCUACGAUUACUUCUGGAACAGCAAAUGAAUAAAAAGAAACUAUUCAAUCUUAUAGUAUUUGGAUCAGAAGCCAAAGCUUUUCAGCCCCACGUCGUUAAACCAACGGCUCAGAAUCUCCAAGCAGCUUGGGCAUGGUUGUUAGAGCAACAGUGUUCCGGAUCUAGAAAUCUGCUGGGUGCUUUACGGAUGGCGUUCGAGUCAGCAAGAGAGCAAGAUCAUAAUAUUCAAGUGGAAGGUGUCUAUGUAAUGACCAGCGGUAUUCCAGACCAACCGCGUAGCGUUUUAACAUCGUACGUUCAAGACGUCUGCGUUGCUAGGUACAGUUCCGUUCAUAUGAUUCUCUUCAAUGUUGACGACUACGAUUCGAGCGGAGCGAUACCAUCACGCUAUGCCAAUAUUACAACAACGGCUGAUUGUUUAAGGGCAGUAGCACAUUCGUCAGGAGGACGUUUCCAUUGGUUCCGUGAAACAGGUGUUAUAGAAAGUGACGACGUAAACCUUCUAACAAAUGAAAUAGACAAGGCUUUGAAUUACAGUAGAAAGUGCGCUGUUUUAGUGAAAUCUGUAAAGAAAAAGAUGUCUGCAGAGAAUCAAGCACCUUCAUCGCAGUCGUUAUCAGCACCCUUUCCUCGUCAAGCCCUGCCUGCCCCUUCGGGUACUUCUCAAACCUCUUCGUUGACAAGACCUAGGUCUGCUUUAAAAUUGAAAAAGACUCCGAUUCUUGUAAAGAAGGAGAACGUUAGAGAGAAGGCUAAAGAAAGCGUCAACGAGGUUCAAGAAACCGGCCGUUCUUGGUUGUCAAAACAUAGUUUAAAACGAUUAAAAAUUGACUUGGAUUCGUUACUCCACUCGGCUCCCGAUUGUAAGCACAAGCGCCAUCUAAAUGCCAAAAGUCGAACAUGCUCGAUUUUCCCGAGCGUUACUUAUAAGGGUACAGUAAGACAUCUUCAACUUUUACCGAAUGACUUGGACGAUUAUAUAAGGAAAGUUGAUAAAGCAAUUAAGUCUUAUGCUAGACGAAUGCAAUGGCUUCUAUCGUCCAGUAGGCGAAUAUUCGGCGUUAUCUGUGAGAAGAAUAUUGUAAUUCUCUUAGAUACUUCCGGUUCCAUGAUUCAAUACGUAGAACACUUGAAACAAGCCGUAGCAGCCUUAAUUUGGGAACAAUUGGCUCGUUACAGAAUAAACUUUACGAUAAAGACUUUUGACGAUGAAAUUCAAACAUUUAGAUCUCAAAUAACGUCAGCGAGCUCUGAAAAUUGCGAGUUAGCUGCUAAAUGGCUGUCUGGAAUUACGGCUAAGGGUAAUACCUGUACACUGGAAGCCUUAGAGGAUGCUUAUAACUUAAAACCAGAUUCAAUAAUAUUGCUAAGUGAUGGAAAGCCAGAUACGAGUACCAAUAAAAUUUUUGACUUUAUUAAGCUACACGAGAAGAUACCAAUUCAUACAGUAUCGUUUGCAUGCGAAGACGACGGAGCUAAUCAUUUUUUGAAUGAGUUAUCAAAGUAUACUUCCGGUAGAUAUCAUAGAGCGAUCCUAUCAGAUACCGAUGCUAUAGAUCUUGCUAUUCAUAAAUUGACAAUUGAAGAUGAAAUUGAAACUUUAGAAUUACCUAAUAUGGACGGUGAUGACUUAAAGUUAUUAAUGAAAGAAAUAGACAAGGGUCAACAAUGUAUUAAACAAGCAAAGACUUUUAAGCAACUUUAUGAGAAGCAAUCGGAGAAAGCCGAGAAAGUUAAAUAA